AUGCAGAAAGAACGGGUCUCACAUAGCAUUGGCGGCAAAGGGCUGCCCUCGGCAAAAAAACGGGCCUUUGGUUCCAACUUAAUGACAGGAUGCCGGCACCAGAUGCCUGACCCCUUCGCCCCUCCGUUUCGGCAGUCUCUGCCAGGAAGCAAACACCGGCUUAUAGAGCCCCUGGAUCAAAGAGCAGGAGCCUUGAACUUCAACCGCACGAUGGGGCUUUGCUGCAGACAGGCAGAGGUGAAUUGGUCCCUUGAAGUCCGCUAUUUCACGUACGGGAUCCUCUUUGGAUGCGGCAGUUCCUUUGCCUUCCAGCCCUCUUUGGUGAUCCUCGGCCACUACUUCAAACGCCGCCUGGGUCUGGCCAAUGGCCUGGUGACUGCUGGCAGCUCCAUCUUCUCCAUGGGCCUCCCUUUCCUCUUGAAGAGCAUCAGCCGGUCCAUCGAGCUGGCACACACGUUCCAAGUCCUCAGCGCUUUUAUGCUCAUCCAGAUCUUCUUGUCUUUGACUUUCCGCCCCAUGUUCCCUUCGACCUCUGACCCCCAUGAUGUGGAGCAAGUGAAACUGGACAGCCGAAGCUGGAGGCAGCAAUGCACGUCUCAGAUGAGGAAGUAUUUCAACAUGAAGGUUUUCAGGAAGAAGUCCUACCGGAUCUGGGCUUUUGGGAUUGCAACUGCUGUUCUGGGGUACUUCAUACCGUACAUGCAUCUGGUGAAAUACGUGGAAGAGGAGUUCAAAGAAAAGGAAAAAGGGUGGAUUGUGCUGGUUUGCAUGGGAGCCACAUCAGGGAUUGGACGCUUGGUUUCGGGACCAAUUGGCGACCUGAUCCAUGGGUUGAAUAAGAUUUACUUACAGGUGGCCUCCUUCAUCCUCUUGGGGGUGAUGUGCAUGAUGAUCCCGCAGUGCCAGGAAUUCUGGGGGGUGAUUAUUGUCUGCCUCUUCCUUGGACUUUGCGACGGACUCUUCAUCACCAUCAUGGCCCCCAUUGCCUUUGAGCUGGUUGGACCCAUGGAAGCCUCGCAGGCCAUUGGGUAUCUGCUGGGACUUAUGGCCAUCCCCAUGACCGCCGGUCCCCCGAUUGCAGGGUUGCUCCAUGACUGUUUUGGGAAUUACCACCUUGCCUUUUAUUUUGCUGGUGUUCCCCCAAUAGUUGGGGGUCUAGUUCUGGCUGUUGUUCCGGUGAUCCAUCAAAGGAAGCUCAGGAAGCAGCAGCUGGAGUCUGGUAAAGACAAGAUGUUGGUUUCAGAGAUUGCGAUGAACGGAGAGCUCCUUCCAGGUUCCCCGGCCAUGGAGGCCCAUGUCUAAAGCCAUCCGUAAGACCUCUUGGUGCCCACACACAUACCCCUUUCACAACCAGCAUUUAUAACACCGCCAGAGCCCUUUCUCAAGAGCAAUCCAGCCUGUCCGCUUGUAGGUGGAAAGCAUCGCACUGACAGUCCUAAUUGGACAGUUUGCGUUCAAGUUGUUUUAAUACCUACAGCUCUAUUCAGCAGAGAGAAUUCCACCAGCAGUCUAAUUCAUUAUUAGGCGAUUGCUUUUCUAUAUGAUGUAGCAGCAGAUUACCCCUAGGUAAUAGGCAUUCAACAAGCUUUCUGUAGGCUUCAUGGAUUUAUUCCCCGGAAAAACGGAGCCAGUCACUUUUGCCUUGGAAGUGGAGUUUCGUCUCACUUUGAGCUCCUCUGGGGCUUAUUUUUAUAGCCGCUAAAUGCUCAGAGUACAUUUUAACAGUUCAUGGGGGCGAAGGAAAGAAAAGUUGCACCAUGGGUGAAUUCUGAAUCCUUUUGGAAAAUGUGUUUUCUUCUUUCUUUCCGCUUUGACGGCAUCUGCCUCUGAAUUAAUGGUUGGUCUCAGUGUUUUCCUACCAGCCCACUUUGAGGUUUCUUACGUGCACGGCCACUGCCUCGUGUGCAACAGGCCUUCUCAAACUCUGGAUUGGGCAUUCUGAUGUUUUCAGACCGAUGUUCCCCACCUGCUGCCAGAGAGGAUUGCACUGCAGAGAAUGCCGGCUGAGCGGAAGAUCCAACUCAUUAGAUAGCACUUACUAAUUUUUGGCAUUUUAAAAAAGUUUGUUCCUCUCCAUUUUUAAGACCAGCCUCUACCUUUUGAGCCAUCCUUUAGAGGCGCAGUUUUAUCAGGUAUCCAAGCUCUCUGGCUGUAGUACACGAGGGUCUUUCUGAGCGUGCCUCCUCUGAUGUAAGUAAGGUAGAGACAUUUCUCCAUAGCAACAUGACCUGAUUGGUUGAGGUUGGCAGAACAAGGCUCCUCUCGUGGCUGCGUGUUCAGGACAUUCCUGCUGAGUCAGAACUGCAGGGUGGGUGGAAGAGCAGACUUCCCCUAAGUCUGGAUUCCCCGGAGAAGGGUGAGCGGCCCUGGGGGGAAAGAGGUUCUUUAGUCCCCUGAAUGUAGCUGUUUCCUCAUGAAGCAUAACAUUGAUAAGUUGAUAAAAUUGGUGAGUUGGCAUCACAGAAGCCGUGGAAAGCAAAGCAGCCAGACGUCUGCCCAAAGAAAUGAAAGAUGGGCUGCCUGAGUUAGAUUCUGCUUUGGGGAGGGACGGGUGCCCUCAGUGUUGAAUGCAGGGCCCUGCAUCCAGAAGCAGCAGAGAAACGAGCCACCGCUGGCUCCGGUCUUCUCGGAGAGUCUGUGGGGGAAGGGAACGUUUGCAAGCGGCACUGUCCGCACCCGAGGCCAUCAGGCUCACCCUUGACGGGAGACGGGGCCUUCUCUGGGCUGAGGAGCUGCUCUUGCCUGAAGGCCAGGUGGUUGUGCCUGCGGGAGGCUCAGGUUCCUGGAGACCAGGCCGUGUAGAAAACUCACCCCAGCAGCCCGGGGCUCCUAACUUGCCAUGCAUUCCCAAGGGGGCCUGCCAUAGAGAGACGGGCGGGAGGGUCCUCGGCACAGCGGCUUCCGUCCAAGCCCUCUACAACCCACGGAGUAAUUCCGCAGAGGGGUGGGCGGAAAGGCCCCGGUUCAUGUUUUGCUUCUGCCGCUGCCUUUUUUUAAAAAAGAGGAGCUGCUCAGUCUCAAUGAGUGUCACCAGCUUUGGCUUGGGAAAUUCCUGAAGAUUUUUAGGUAGAAUUUGGGGGUGGGGGGAGCUCAGCCAGGACGUGAUGCCACAGAGCUCUGAAGCUACGACUUCCUCCAGGGGGGCUGAUUUCUAUGGGGAUCGGCCGUAAUUCCAGAAGAGCCGCAGGGCCCGCCUGGAGGUUGGGAACCUGAUUUUCAGCCUGCCCCCUACCUCCCUGCGCUGCAAUAUGGGGACCAUAAUGCUGACCUCCUUUGCAAGUUGGUUAUAAAAAGAAGAGGUUUGUGUAGGGAGAGUGCUUAGAACGCUCUGCAGCCCUGUCUAAAUGCUGUGGGGCGCUGUUGCAGUGUCAGUUUUCAGUGUGUCCCUCCGUGGGUGUUUGACCCCCUGCUGGUUAUCUCUCAUCGCCGCUCCCGUGACCAGAAAUUGUGCCUGUCCUUGCAGCUGGACAUGACGCUCCAGGCCACUGAACGUUCAGCUUCUGCAAACAUUUAGAGACCCGCUGUCCAUUCUCCCGGACAGAGUUGAAGGACGUGGGGCUUGAACCUCUGGGUCCGUUCCACUCAUGGCAAAACCUCCUGUCAGAGCAGGGAAUCUUCCCCCUUAUUGCAUCAGGGGAUGGCCCCCUUGUUCUGGGAUAAGGUGCCUCAGCAGCGCGCCGGAUCCUCAGGCUCCCACACACAAGGUGCACCUAUUCAAUCCUGUUCUCAUCAGUACCUGGGGUUACUUGUUAGCUUCUGGUUGGCAGUCAGCGAAGGAUCGUUGCUGUCCCUUUCAUCUGCAUCCCUGAUGCGUUCAGCUGUUCCUUAUCCACUCGAGGGCAAACAGUGGCACUAAGAGCAGUGUUAUAUAAGGCUCCACAAUAGGAAACCAUCGCAUGACGAUUGGUCUGGUGACAACCGCCCAUCUUCGGUGAUAAACGAACACUUGUUAUCCAAGACGGAGGCUGGUCACACGUCUCCCCGCAAUCAGCUGUGAGUCAGGAGAGGGUCUACCAAUUCCGGGGUCCCUUUUGUGGAAUCCUUGGGGUCGGGCGUGUUAGAGCCGUACUCCAGCUCUGGGACCGCUGGCAAUUUUCACUCGGCCCCUUUGGCAGGUGGGAGGAGGGGUGGCAUUCGGGAGAAAGUUGACUGCUGCUGAAACACUAAACGAAUCGCGCCGGCCACCCCUGGCGGAAGGAGGCCAGACGUGUUGGUCACUCAACUUGCUUUUUCUUACAAAGCCUUUUGAUGUAUCUGUAAAUUUUGUCCAGGUGCGAGGAGGGAGCAAGAACUGAGUGUUUGCGCUGCUUUGGCUAUUUGUGGGUUAUAAUGUUCUUUUCCUAUUUCACUGCAAAAUGUAUCCUUGCUAGAUCAUUUUUCAGCAAAACAUUUAGUCGUUCGGGCUGGGGAGGCGGCUUUGCUCAAAUGGCAGGUCUUCAUCAGAAGAGCCCUGGGUCUGCGGCCCCAAUAGCCAUGGAAUCCUGAGACUUUCCCAAAAGCCUUUUUAGUAUCAAAUCUCCCCAUGCUGGAGGCACAGAAAGAGCAAGCCGGUCUGCCAAGUAGGGCUGCCUGCUCUGGCUUGGGAAAUACCAGGAGACUAGAAGGACGGAACCUUGUGCGGGUGGAGGUGAAUCAUCAACUCAAAGGAAGUCUUCUCAAAAUACUUUUUCACUAAAGGCGGUUAAGAACAGAAGAACAAGCCAGCUCUAUCAGACCAGAGUCCACCUAGUCCAGCUCUCUGCUACUCGCAGUGGCCCAACAGGUGCCUUUGGGAGCUCACAUGCAGGAGGUGAAAGCA